GAGAAAGGCAGCAAUACAGCAUCUAGUCUGCCGGAAACGCACAAAAAUAAGAACAAUACGGGAGGGGUAGAAGACUAACAGUAUACUCAGUUGAACUGUUGGCGAUAGUAGUUGCCCUCCAGUGGGUGGAGGACGUACAACCUGUAAGAAUUAUAAUAUGCUCAGAUUCUCUGUCGGUAUUAAAUAGUUUAUCAUCAGGUAAAUCUAAUAGGAGUCACCUACUAUUGGAGGCAUUCAUGUGAGAAUCUGCUGGGUCCCAGCACAUUUGGUUGUGGAAGGGAGUGGAAUUGUAGACCAGUUAGCCAAAAGAGCUUUGAAAUUAGAUAUAACUUAUAUUAAUGUUCCACUGGGUAGAGGUGAGGCCAAAUGUAAGAUCAGAGCCAUGUGUGGUAGAAGAGAUGGGAUUCUAAGCCCAAGGGCAGGCAUUUAUAUGCCCUCCAAUGACAGGUUGGUGGACCAAGACUCAAAGGUCAGAUUAGGAAGGAAGUGGUGGUGGUGUUUGCUCAAUUGUGCUUAGGACAUUAUACAUUGAACUCGUCAUUACAUCGGGCUGGCAAGCAUGUGAAUGGUUUGUGUCUGGAGUGUGCGGCCGAUGAAAUGGUGGAGCAUGUGUUGUUAUAUUGUUGUAAGUAUGUUGAAGAGAGGGAAAGAUUGAAGUGUAGGGUCAUUGACCGUUGGGUGGUUGGAAGGGAUUUGGGGGAUGGGGAGGUCUAUUAGAAGUUAGUAGGGCUCUUUUUUUAUUUUCUCAGAAGUACUGUGUUAGGAGGAUUUAGAAAUGUUGUAAACCGUGAUUGACCACACAUUCCAAAACAGUGGGUGGCGGUAUGCACCUAUAAUGUUGGUUUGCAGACCGCCAUUAUAUCAUAGAAGAAGGUGGAGAAUACGGGAGGGGUUUGCUCGCUUUGGCGCCCACAACCCCUUCUGCCAGUGAAAAGGACUAUUAACGCUACUGCCAUUUGGCGCAGUUAAAAAUACGUGAACUUGCAUAGCGUCCUUUACAGAAUUUCCCGUCUUUGUUGUAAUUUUACUUUGUUUUAACAGCGUGUUUCAGUUUAGUGUUUUAUACAUAUAUCAAAAUGAGUUCAAUUAACGUAAAAAAACUGAAAGUAAACGAGUUGAAGGACGAGCUGAAAAAGCGUCAGCUGUCGGACAAGGGGUUGAAGGCCGAGUUGAUGGACCGGUUGCAGGCCGCGCUUGACGAAGAGGCCCUGGCUGGAGAUUCUCCCCUUGGGCUGGAGGCCGCGGAGGGAGGCUUUCCCGAGGGAGACGACGACGCCGCCGCUGCUGAUGACCAAGAGGACAUGGGGGAAGAUGAAGAAGACGGGGGCCCCGUUGUUGAAAGCAUGGAUGCCAACGAGGAGGAAGAGAAUGGAAACGGAGAGGGAGACGCCGCUGUCGUGAACCAAUGCGAGGAGGAAGAGAACGCGGCCCAGGAGGACGACGAAAUGGGUGAGGUAGAAGAGGAAGAAAUGGAUCCAAUGCUGAAGGAAGGUGUGGACGACAUGGAGAAAAUUACAUUGGACGCAGAAGAUGGUGAGCCUGGAGACCAUCCAGCAGAGGGGGAUGCGGACAAAGACACGAAUGCUGAUCAGAAGAAUAAGAAGGGUGUUAAGAGACGCCGGGAGGAACAUGGAAGGGGCUACUUUGAAUUUAUUGAAGAGAACAAAUACAGCUGGCCUAGUCUCAAGUCUCCACUGCCACCCCUGGAGGAGGAAGAUGAGGAGUUUGAUGAUACAAAAGUCUGCCUGGACAACUAUAACUGCGACCUGCACUUCAAGGUGUCCCGGGACCGCUACAGCGCCUCCUCUCUCACCAUGGAGAGCUUUGCCUACCUGUGGUCUGGGGGCAGAGCCUCAUACGGGCUGUCCCAGGGCAAGGCCUGCUACGAGAUGAAGAUAACUGAGAAAAUCCCAGUGAAACACAUAUCCAGUAAGAACAUGGACAUCCAUGAGGUCCAGGUUGGAUGGUCCCUAGCUACUGGCAGUCUGCUCCUUGGUGAGGAGGAGCAUUCCUAUGCCUACUCUGGCAAAGGCAAGAAAACCACCAAUUGCGUGACUGAAGAUUUCGGGGAGACUUAUGAUGAGAAUGACGUCAUCUGCUGCCUCAUUAACUUUGAAGGUGAGGAGGUGGAGAUGUCCUUUUCUAAGAACGGUAAUGAGCCAGUGGUUGCCUUCCUUGCCAGUAAGGAGUCCCUAGUAGGGAAAGCGCUCUUCCCCCACGUCAUCUGCCACAAUUGUGCAGUGGAGUUUAACUUUGGCCAGAUGGACACGCCCUACUUCCCCCAGCCAGAGGGCUACACCUUCCUGCAGCAGGUCACCAUGGACGACCGUGUCCGCGGACCCAAGGCACCUGACACCAAGAAGGACUGCGAGGUGAUUGCGAUGGUGGGCCUGCCUGGCUCAGGAAAGAGCACCUGGGUCAACAAGCAUAUCCAGGAGAACCCUGGGAAAUAUUACAUCCUGGGUAGCGACACCAUCGUGGAGAAGAUGAUGAUUGGCAGUUUGAAGCGUCAGGCGAAGGACACAACAAAGCUCACGGCCAUUUCCCAGCGUGCACCUCUCUUCCUGGGCAAGUUCAUUGAGAUCGCUGCUCGCAAAAAGAGGAACUAUAUCCUGGACCACACCAACCUGUCUGCCCCGGGCCAAAAGAGGAAGAUGUGUCUAUUUGCUGGGUACCAGCGGAAGGCUGUGGUGGUCUGUCCCUCAGACGACGACUACAAGGAGAGGGCCCAGAAGAAGGCCGAGAGCGACGGGAAAGACGUGCCCGAGCACGCUCUCCUCAAAAUGAAAGGAUUCUUCACCCUGCCAGAGGAAGGCGAGAGCUUCGCUGUGGUGAGCUACGCUGAGCUGCAGAAGGAGGAUGCCGCCAAGCUGGUGGAGCAGUACAAGGAGGAGAGCAAGGCGGCCCUGCCGGCUGAGAAGAAGCCCAACCAGGGGUCUUUGACCCCCAAGAGAGGAGGAGGGAGUGUCCGGGGGGGAGGCAGAGGCAAGAAUCAGUUCAACCGUGGAGGUGGACCUGGCCAGAGAGGAGGUGGACGAGGUGGCUUUCAGCAGAGAGGCAACUUCCGAGGAGCUCCAGGCCCACGUGGUGGGUUCACUCGCCCCCCUAGAGGGUUCAUGCCCCCUCCAGCCUUCAGAGGUGGAUUCGCCAACCGGGGCAACUUCAACAGGGGCGGCGCCCUCAUGGCCCCCCAAGGAGGAGCCCCAAGAGGAGGACCGAUGAGGGGCCACAGGGGUGGAGCCAUGAACAGGGGUGGUCCUCCAAUGAGCCGAGGAGGCGGCGGUCACAUGAGCCGAGGAGGCGGCGGUCACAUGAGCCGUGGAGGCGGCGGUCACAGGGGCAACUUCAACCAGGGGUUCCAGCCCAGAGCAGGCAACAGCCGUGGGAAUUUUGGCAACAAGAAUGGCAGCGGUGGGUUUGGGGGCGGCAGGAAUGGUGGAGGACGUGGUGGCGGAUUUGGAGACAACAGGACUGGUGGAGGAUUUGGCAUGGACAAGGCUCAGGCCUUCAACCAGAGCUGGCAGCAAGGGUUUUGGAACCAGAAGCCAUGGAGCCAGCAGUAUCAGCCAGGAUACUAUUAAAGACUUUCUGAUCAAAAGGACUGGUGGCCAUUAAUGGUAACCAACCACUAGCCACGGACCCCCUGCCCCACCCCUCCCGUUUUUUCUAGAACCCACUUUUUAAAUUGAAAACAAAAAACACAAGCCGAUGGAGCAACAUUCCACAUCCAAGGAGAGGAGUCUCGCUGAAGCUUUAUGGGUUUUUCAUUUGAUUUUGUACAUUUUAUGAUCCCCACAUUUUAAAGAAAUCACAUGCUUUUAAAAAUCCCAUGUUUGAGAAACAUACCACAUCACGAAACGCAACAUUUUCCCUCUGCUUCAGUGACAUUUUCAGGGUUGUGCAUUUUCUGUGUCAUGUUUUAAAACAUUUUUUUUUUUACAAAAUGUAAAUAUUGUCUUGCGUAGUUAUGUUUGUUUGUAUAAGAAGUGAGAACACUUAGUUCCUUUCGGUUAUUAUCUUAUGAGAGGCAUGGUAGCUAUUGUAUUGUUAGUGAUUUGUAUAUGUAAUCCAUAAGCAACAAACAGUAAUUUGUUAUUUUUAAUUAAAACAUCAAGCAUGUAAUCUAAACUCCGUAGAUUUACAAUAAACAACCGAUUUGCUUUUUGCAGAAGUCUAUGGCUUAUGACUUUUACUUGAGUUCAAAGGUUACCUAAAGUACCUUUUGAAUGGGUAAUGGGCUGGUUUGCUACUUCAAACAUCUGCCCUAUAUCUACACAGUUAGCAUCUCACAAUGUGCUACUUAUGUAAUUCAUCCGUUAAUACACAACUCUAUCCUUUUCAUGUUACAGGUUCAUCUCAUUGAGUUGAUAUUUUGCAAGAGAUACCUGUUCAUCUGGAUGCCAUUGUGCUUUGAAGCAGUAUUACAGGAAAUCCAUUUCUGUAGGGUAUUAGAAGCCAUUUUAAAUAUUGCAUUAUGCCUUUUGAUAUCAUAAUUUAUUUUGUGAUUUGUAUAUUUCUUGAUAAAAUGGGACACAUUACUGAUCAUGGUGCUGACCAGGCUUGAUUCUCAGGUGCAAAUUGAAGAGCGGUUCCUUUAAUUUGUCAAACUUUGGUUGAUUGGUGUGGCAUUUUUAGGUUAAGCUUUGAAUAGUGUGAGUAUCUCAAUUGUUCUCCCCUCAACCAUUGGAGGAGAAUGUCAGAGGCUUUCUCAUCCAAUGGGUUUUAACACGAGAGGACGCAAGCCAUAUGGAAUUGAGAUUCUCCCAGAGUCGAUGACCACAAACGAGUUCGCAAGAGCACAAACAAAUCUGGGACCAGGCUAAUUUGAACUAUGCUUUAAUGGAAGGGUAUACAUUCUGUGGCUGGUUUAGCACAUGUGUUCAACACUGUUGUAGGCUACAUUGAAAAUGGUUGAUUUAAAAAUUACAGCGGCUUGCAUUUACACCAGCAAAUAAAGGCCUACAUGUCAGUGUAUACCCACCAAUACCCUCACUGCUACUAGAAGUGACUGACAUUAAAACACAUACAGCAGACAUUGAGUUUUGUAUGUGUAAUGGAGGUUAGAGACCUGGAGUCAUGCUUUUAGUGUAAUUUAUCCAGUGCGAUUUACA